CUCUUAUUAUGCUUGGAAAACAAAACAUUGAAAACAUACAAACGACCAGUUAAAUUUUAAAACAAAUUUCUCUUAAAUUUGUCCAAUGAAUAUCUACCAGAAACUGAAGAGCUUAGCCAGUUUUGGUUAUUCUGGUGGAGAAAACACACGCUUGUUGGCUUCAAAUAGAAAUAGCAAUCUCUCGCAGAAUGGAUUAUCUGGAAAUGGCUCAACAUCAGCCGAAGGAUAUGAGGAGCUUUUCAAAGACAGCGUACCAUGUCCAUCUUGUAGAGGGUUAGGCAGGGUGCCUAAAGAGUAUGAAAACCAGUUGGUAGCCCUGAUCCCAAUGCAUGAUGGAAGGCUAAAGCCAAGAAGAACAACUUUGUAUGUAUUGAUAGCUGUAACACUAUGUGCUGUUACAGCUGGCCUUCUGAUCUUCUUCCUAAUGCCAAGGGAUAUAACUAUUUCAAGUAACAGGCCUUUCCUGCAGCCAAAACACAUUGAUAUCAAUGUCACUGCCAAGUUUGCCAACUUUACUGUCAGUAAUCGUUACAAUGUAUCGAAUAAUAAUUUCUACCCAGUGAAAAUAUCUGGAGUUUUCAUGAAGUCUCUGUAUAGUAAUGCAGUUAUUGCCCAGUCUACAGCAUAUACCAAUAACCCCAUUGGUAUACCUGCCAGAUCAGAACAGGAGCUAACUAUUCCAAUGGACUUUAUACUCAGCGGGGAGCAUGGUAGUUUAGUGUCACACUGUAUGAGUAAUUGGUCAUGGAUCCACAACCUCCCAAUAUUGUUUGAAGUGACAGCCAACUACAGCUACAUGGGCCACUCAGAGCAGGCCACACUAACAACAUUCCAGACUGUCAGCUGUCACCCAGAACCUGGACCUCCCCCUUCCACUUUAGUCCCGCCCAUCACACCGGCUACAACACAGACCACCGCAACCACUACAGCAACUACCACCACAGCAACUACCACCACCUCCACUGAGACAACCUCAAGUAUUACAACUGCCAGUACCCCUACAACAACACAACCUGGCACAUCUCUGAAUGGAACUCAGUGAUUUGGUGGUGUGGUCCACUUGACUUAUUCUGAACUGCUGUGAUCAUAAAGGACCAUGAAUUAAGAGUUUUUUCAGCACAUUGUUCUAGAUGGUAACAUUGCAAGAUUUCAUGUGUUUUAAAAUCUAUUAUCAUGAUGUGACUAUUUCUAAUAAACCCAUUUGCUCAAUAGCUACUUUAACCUAACAUCUGUUUUCUUCCAUGUACAGAGUCAGAUAUAAAGAAGAAAACAUUCUCUUGUUUGUUGAAUCAUAUUGUUGGAGCUGAAAUCAAAUAUCUAGAAAAUGAUUUCAAUAUUUGCAUCUGGUUUUGAUGCUGCAAUACUAUUCAAUUGUUUUACCCAUGGUUGCUUCUCUAGUAAGUCAAACACAAAUUCAGCAAGCAUACAUAUUAGCUACAUCACCAAAUGUGUGUUUCAUACUGUCUUUCAAUUAUUGCAUGUAUUGUGUUGUGAAGAUAAGUCAGAAAUAUAUUUUAAUUAUUGAAGUAAAUGUAUAUAUGUCCCCUAUAUAGACUAUUUUACUGGCCAGUGUUAAGUAGAACCUCUCAUUGUUUCCUUUACUUUUGGUGAAGGUGGUUUUUUACAGUACUCUCAUCCUGUUAGGGGAUGACAUAUAUAAUUAUUAGGGAAUUUUAAAGCCCAUUUUAUGUGUAUUGCAAAGUUUGUCAUUUUUUCAAUUAAAGGUAUAUUUUUACAUCAGUGCACCUUUCUAGAACAUAAUUAUUUAAAAUGUGUAACUAGUUGCAUUUUACCAGAACUCUAAUCAGCACAUUUUUACAAUUAAAUAUUUCAUUUCACUAUGGUUGCCCCCAUAAGCACUAUACUUCAUUCCAAUUUCUAUUGCGAUACUUCUACUUAUAUUUCAGUCUUAUUUCUUUCAUUUGUUUACUUUGUAUUUUUUGUAUAUUCUUUACACACAGCUUUAUUUCUUGUUAAUUCAGUAAUCUCUCUGGUCAUUUUUAUUUAGUCAAUAAAAACUGCCACAUUGUUGACAGUACACAAUGCAGUAUUUUUUUAAAAACAUCUGAUUUUAACCUUGUAAUUUGUAAAAUGUUGGGUAAGCACUAGAAAUAAAGACAUUUAUUUUUAUUUGUUGCAAUAAAGAACUGAUUAAAACAUAAUUUUAUAAGAAAUGUUUUUCUUAUAUGUUUAUUUAA